GAAUGGGAACCGGGUGAAUCGGAGUCGACGGCUCCCCUCGUGAGGACCGUCGCUGAAGUUAUGGCCGGCUGUUUGGAUAUUGAGAUCAAACCAAACGAUCAAAUGCCUCGCCGGAUCUGUCCGGACUGUAAGGCCCGACUGCAGGAAUCCUGGGCCCUGCGAGAAACGUUCAAGGCCAGCGAGAAGCGCCUACGACAAUUGCUCCGAAGUGAAUCCGCUUCACCAAAUGUGAAGCUAGAAAUCACCAUGCACGAGGGGUCCGACGAUGAGGACUUUUCCAUGCAAAUGUCUUUCAUGGAUGAGGAAGUGUUGGAGGAGGACGAUCGUUUCGUUGAAAAGAGUCCAAUCAAAGUAACCGUCGCAGGCAAUCGCAGUGACCCGUUGAAUGCGGAAUUCGGUUGGAAGUUUAGCGAUUUGACGAAGGGACAUUACCGAACUAGGAAAGGCGACGACCUAAGCUGGGAAUGGGUUGAGGCUGAUGAUCAUCGUUGCUGCGGAUGUUUCAAAGUAUUCAACACAAAAGUAGCACUGGAAAAGCAUUGCAAGCGAGAUCAUAAACCGGGGCAUCAUGGAAACGGAAACAAUCACUACGAAUGCAACGCCUGCUUGAAGCUUUUUGCGACAUCCGAUUUCUUGAGCCUUCAUCAGAAAAUAGCGCGUGUUAGGCAACUGUUGCACUGCAACGUGUGUGAUAUUCUGACGCCAAGCAAGAGACAGCUAAAUGCUCACCUAAAAACUCAUUCCACCGAAGAAAUUGCAACGAAUCACAUAAACAAAACCUCCAAGCCGAAACCAGUUCCAACCGAGGAAGCAUCCUCCGUAUUGGAGAAAAGUCGCGCCAAAAAGAUUUUCCUCACAUUCGACUACUACACCUUCGAGGGGUACUUCUGCUGUGACUGCUCGGCCUACUGCGACAGCAAGAGAGAGAUGAAGCGCCACGGUGAAAAGCAACAUCAAGGCAACAGGGGGUUCGACGAAGAGCAUUCAUGCUUCGCCUGCUUGAGGUCGUUUGACACUAAGGAAGACUACGAUAGGCACAUGCUGGAUCUCAACGCCAGGCACGUUUACCAUUGCAAAACUUGCCGGGAAAUGUUUCGAACGGCUGACAAGUUGAGGGAACACCAGCAAACCAGCGCACGGCACGAAGGAUUCGUCGAACUGGAUAUGCUCGACGUGAAGGAGGAGAUCGAAGUGGAGGAAAAGGUUGAACUUCGGUUGAAGAUUCAACCGAUGCCGGCAGCGGCAACGGCCGUUGCACAAGUUGGUAGACGGCGUAGGGCUACCAACACGGUCACUAAGGUGGAACGUGCGGAAUCACCUCCCCGCGUGGAAGAUGACGCGGAUGGCAGUGGAGCCGAAGAGACUGAUGAUGACGAAGAUUAUCAACCGGAGGAGGAGCCACCGCACAAGGAACCGUACGGAAGGCGGCUCUACGUGCAACCUAAGACUGCCAAACGAAACGAUCCGGACAUGGCGGAAAUAUCCGUAGUCGACAUCAGCGGACAGGAUGUGGUCCGUUGCUGCGGAUGCUAUCGAACCUUCAUCACCGAAGAGGAACUGCUGGAUCACUGCAACCAAAGCCAUCGCCAGUUCCAGGAAGCGGAUCAAAAAGAACGUCCGUACGAGUGCGAUCGAUGUUUCCGGCGGUUUGUCAAAGCCGUGUCGCUGCAAAUUCACCGAGGGUUCGUUAAGAAUGUUCUUGUGUACUCCUGCAAGCUGUGCAAUGAGAAGUUUGACUUCCAAACUCCGUUUCUGCUGCAUUACGAUACGCACGAGCGGUUUACCGGCAGAGAGGAUAGGCGGGGGCCGAAACCCAAACAGCCGGAAGAAGACGGCAAGUUCUAUUGCUGUUUCACCGCAUGCAAAGCGUCGUUUCCGGACUACUGCGAUCUGCUGACGCACGUGGACGGGAACCAUGGUGUGAAGCGAAAUCAGUUCAAGGACUACCGCGAUUCGGAUGAAAAUUGCUGCGAAGUUUGUUUCCGAAGCUUUAGUAAUUAUCGAGGUCUUUUGAGGCACGUGGUCGCGCAGCGAAAGUCCAAUUCCGGUGCAAGACACACCUGCAGUACAUGUGGCGUGCAAAUGAAAUCGAUGGCUCAACUGAAGGAUCACGAAAAUAAACAUCUCGGAAUCAAGCCGUACGAGUGUGAUGUUUGUCAGAAGAGCUUCGGUACCAAAACGAUCUUGAAGAACCACAUGAUUGUGCACCAGUCGGAUCGACCGUUCAGUUGCGAAAUCUGCGGUAAAACGUUUGCCCGGAAGCGUAACUAUAAGGACCACGCCAUGACGCAUACGGACGAGAAACCGUGGGAAUGUGAAAUUUGCAAGCUCACGUUCCGGAUCGAGUCGCAGUUCCUGACGCACAAACGGCGCCACACCGGAAUCCGGCCAUACAAGUGCAAGUUCUGCGAUAAAGUGUUCUCGCACGCGACGGACCGGAAGCGGCACGAGAUGGCGGCACAUACGGGCGAGAAGCCCCAUCAGUGCAGCUUCUGCCCGUUGGCGUUCAUUCGGAAGCGGCAGUUGGUGAUCCACGAGAGGACCCAUACCGGUGAGAAACCGUACGAGUGCCAACAGUGCGGCCAGGCGUUCAUUCAGCAGAGCUAUCUGACGCGGCACUUGGCGACGCAUAAGCAGAGGGAUGAACCGGCAUUUCAAUGAAUAUCAUGCAUGUGACGGUGAAGACGUGAAAUAAAUAAGAGUACCUAGUGUUUUAAGGUAAGUGCA